AUGGCGAAAGCGCAAGAACUGUUUUUCCGAAUAUGCCUGUCUGGAACCAAGACGCCUCGAAUCACAAGUCCUGUGACAAUUGACGAGCUCUUGCCUAGCCUUCCCAGACUUUGGGAGAAUGGCCUCUCGUACCAAGAUACACACAGAGUUGCAGAAAUAGGCGUUUGCGUCAGUGGAGGUCCUGAUUCGAUGGCAUUGGCAUGGUUGCUGAAGCAGAUUCCAAAAGUGCACAAGAAAGUAUGGAUUGAACCCGUUGCCUUUAUUGUUGAUCACAAAGCACGAGAUGGGAGUAGAGAAGAGGCCGAGUUUGUGUCCGGCGAACUCGACAGACUUGGCAUCAAGAACCUCAUACUUACCAUGAAAUGGGCUGGGACGGCCAAUCCUUCACAGUUGCCGGACUUCGAGAUGCGUGCUCGUGAGGCCCGAUAUCGAUUGAUCGCUGCCGCAGCGAUUCAGAGAGACAUCAGGCACCUUUUUGUCGGCCAUCAUCAGGAUGAUCAAGUCGAAACUGUCUUGAUGAGACUCUUGCGAAAUUCUACCACCAACUUCCUGGGCUUGCAAGGCAUGGCAGAGCAGACCGCGAUUCCCUGUUGCGAGAACAUCCGAGGCGCUCACGAAUGGCCAGGCUACGAAAGAUUCAUGGACUGGAUUCGACAGGCAGACUUCAACAUCGAGAAGCGCCAAUCCGAAGCCUCGUCGUCCGAUGCAUCUGGCGUCAAUUUCGGGAAGACUGUGACAAUGCCACGUCCAAGAGGUCUUCAAGUUCAUCGCCCCCUCCUACGAUUCCCAAAAUGGAGACUUGUGGACGUCUGCGACACAAAUCAGAUCAAAUAUGUCAGGGACAAGACCAAUGACGACCCUACAUCAACCUUGCGAAAUGCUAUCAGGCUUCUGAGGUCGAGACAUACACUUCCACGUGCCUUACAAGCAGAGUCGGUGCUACAGCUACGCGAUUGUGCACAGAAAUCCACACAAGCCUUAGUAGAACGGGGAACAAAUCUACUUAACGCAGUUACCGACGUGACUCUUGACCUGCGUUCAGGCUUGGUGAAGGUGUGGAUCCCUAAACGUUUUGCUUCGGCCUGCGAAAACGAUCCUGAAGCCGCGGCAAAUGCACUUGCGCGACUAACGAGCAUAGUGAGUUGCCAACCCAGGGACGCUGGACCGACUAUUGUCCCUUGGCGUAGCGUGCAAGAAUUCGCCCAGAAGAUGCUCUCACCAGAAUCAAGUGCUUUCACGAUCCAGCGUGUCCUCCUCGAAAGGACCUCAACUGCCUCCAGAGAUGGAGAGGAAGGGUCGUUAUGGAAGCUGUCCCGACCACCAAUGCGUACAAUCGAAGUCCAGCUUGCAACGAAGAAGUUCGGCGCAAUGACAGUACCUGAGACACGGCCAGCUUCUCGGUUCUGGAGGCACGAUCCACUUCUCGACAAGGAGGGCUCAUGCUCACUUUGGCUCUUAUGGGACCAUAGAUACUGGAUCCGCGUGAGAACAAAAGAUAGUCACACUCUCGGCGAGAUUGGAAUCCGUCCUUUCCAGGUGACGGACGAAGAGUACUUGCGCAAGGAACUCAACAAGAAAGACCGAGAUGAUCUUCAGAAAAUUCUGGGCGAAGCGGCUCCGGGAAAGUUGAGGUAUACCUUGCCUGUACUGACCUGGCAAGGCAAAGUUUCCGUGUUCCCAACGCUGAAUUUUAUGGUGCGGACGCCAUCUUGCGAACAUUCCGAAACCCGUUUCAGGCAUCAUCCAAUCCUCGAAUGGGAAGUCUGCUAUAAAACGAUCGACCAGUAUUUCAUGGUCGACCAGAAGAAGGCAAUCAAGUGGAUAAACACGGAUAUUCAACGGGGAUGA